AGUGCGCGCAGGGCCACCUUGCCGGAAACACCGAUGACAGGAGCGCCGCCUCAGAUGCCUCACUAAAUCCCUUUGCACCACGCCUCAGGUCACCCCCAGCCUCGGCAAGAUGUCGAGCAUAAAACAGGUGAUCAAUGAUGCGGUGGAGAAAGGUAAGGAGGUUUAUGAAAAAGUGAGACAACCCAACCCCAUCCGCCUUCGAGACCUCAUCAGACAGAUCCGCUCGGCGAAGACAGCAGCCGAGGAGCGAGCAGUUGUUAACAGAGAGUGUGCAUAUAUCCGACUCACAUUCAGAGAAGAGGAUUCUGUUUGGAGAUGCAGAAAUGUGGCAAAACUUUUAUACAUACACAUGCUGGGGUAUCCAGCACAUUUUGGGCAGAUGGAGUGUCUGAAGCUUAUAGCAUCACCCCGGUUUACAGACAAGCGUAUUGGAUACCUUGGUGCCAUGCUUCUGUUGGAUGAACGGCAAGAUGUACACCUCUUAAUUACCAACUCUCUUAAAAAUGACCUGAACUCAUCAACCCAGUUUGUCCAGGGCCUAGCGCUCUGCACCCUCGGGGCCAUUGCUUCACCAGAAAUGUCUAGGGAUCUAGCGGGAGAAGUAGAGAGACUUUUAAAAUCAUCUAAUGCAUAUAUAAGGAAAAAGGCAGCUGUCUGUGCAUUACGAAUUAUCUGCAAAGUGCCAGAACUGAUGGAGAUGUAUCUCCCAGCCACACGCUCCCUCCUCUCUGAAAAGAAUCACGGUGUGUUAAUUACUGGCGUCACCCUGAUAACGGAGAUGUGCCGGCAAUCCCCUGACAUGCUAGCUCAUUUUAAAAAGGUAAGUCUACUUCUAUAACUAAAAAAAAAAAAAAAAAAAAAAAAAAAAAAAAAAAAAAAAAAAAAAAAAAAAAAAAAAAAAAAAAAAAAAAAAAAAAAAAAAAAAAAAAAAAAAAAAAAAAAAAAAAAAAAAAAAAAAAAAAAAAAAAAAAAAAAAAA